CCGGCAAUCCCGAGACACGAGCACGUGGCGAGCACCUCCCGCGACUGCCGCUGUUCCUUCAUUGCCCACCUCUCUUGUCCGCAGACAAGCGUGUGCGUUCACAACCACACUUCACACCGAUGAACCCUCAAUUCAAUCAACAACCGCCAGGAAGCCAAGGUGCGCCUGGUUUCCGACCGUUCAACCCUGCACAAGGACAACAACCUGGUCCAGGCGGCGUGCCACCACCCGGCUCCGGUGGGUUUCCUCCAAACAGCAACGGCCCUCUCGGUGGUUUCAACCAACAGCAGCUCCCUCCUGGUGGGUUCCAGCAGCCUCCGCGAUCGUUUGGCGGCGGGGCACCACCUCCUAACCAGCAACAGCCUGGCAUUGCCCCACAACAAUUUGGUGCACCGCGUGGGCCACCCACUUCCCAGCCAGGACCAUUCUUAGGGGCGCCUCGUGGGCCACCUCAAGUUGGCGGGCCUCCGCUUAGCGGUCCGCCCGGAGGCGGUGGUACCCAGUUCAAUGGCGCCCCCCGCGGACCUCCUUCUCAAGGCAGCAUUCCAGGCCAGUUCGGAGCCCCCACUGGUACCUUCCCCGCACCUGGUCUUGCGCAGCAGUUUGGCCGCAUGUCUGUGGGUGGUCCCCCUCCCAGUGGCCCGCCGCCGCAAGGUCCCCCAGCCGGCGGAUUUCAGAAAGGACCCCCGCCUCCCCAAGGCGGUGGCUUCCAAGGGCCUCCUGGCGGUCAGUUCCAGCAAGGUCCUCCGCCGCCUGGUCAAUUCCAGCAAGGGCCUCCGCAGUUCCAGCAAGGUCCUCCGCCGCCACCGGGAGCCGGGUACCCCCCGCAAGCCCCCCCUCAGUUCCAGCAAGGCCCGCCACCACCGCCGGGAGCCGGGUACCCUCCCCAGCAGCAGCAGCAGCAGCAGCAGCCGCCACAGCAAGGCGGCGUCCCGAGCGGCGACUUUAACCAGGCCGGCUAUACCUCGAACGCGCCGAUGCCGUCCACCGGGCAGCUGUCGGAAGCAGUGUUGGCAGCCCAAUGCGACCCCCGAUACAUGCGCUUGACCGUGAAUGCGAUUCCGCAUUCGCAGGAGCACGCAACCAAGUCCGCGUUGCCUCUGGGCGUGAUCAUCCAACCACUGGCCAAACCCGACAAGCCGCUGGACGUGGUCAACUUUGGCGCGAGCGGCGUCGUCCGAUGCAAGGCCUGCCGCACGUACAUCAAUCCGUUCGUGCAGUGGGUGGACAACGGCCGGCGGUGGCGAUGCAACCUCUGCGGCGUGUCCAACGAUGUGGCGGGUAAUUACUUCUGCCACUUGGGGCCAGACGGCCUACGCCAAGACAAGGACGAGCGCCCCGAACUGCGCAGCGGCGCCGUCGAGAUCGUCGCGUCCUCCGAGUACAUGAUGCGCCCCCCGACGCCGCCCGUGUAUGUGUUUGUGAUCGACGUGUCCGCGCAGGCCGUGGCCAGCGGCAUGCUCGCUGUGUGCGCCGACACGAUCAAGCGCGAGCUGGACAACCUCCCCGGGGCCCCGCGCACCCGCGUGGGGUUCAUCACGUUUGACAACGCCGUGCACUUUUACAACCUCAAGGCGGGCCUCACGAGUCCGCAAAUGAUGGUCGUGCCCGACAUCAACGAACUGUUCAUUCCGAUUCCGGACGAGCUGCUCGUCAACUUGAGCGACUCGCGCGAGUUGGUCGAAGCGCUGCUGGACAUGCUUCCCCGGGCCCAUCAAAGCACCCGCAACCCCGACACGUGCCUCGGUCCGGCCAUCCGCGCAGCCUUUCGCUUGAUGACCUCGGUGGGGGGCAAGAUGCUCGUGUUCCAGAGCUCACUGCCGACGGCCGGCCAAGGAUCGCUCAAGCAUCGAGAAGACUCGCGGGUGCUGGGGACCAACAAGGAGCACGACCUUCUCAACCCCGUCGACACGUUCUAUCGUAAAAACGCCAUUGAAUUCUGCCGCCAACAAGUGAGCGUCGACACGUUUCUAUUUUCCCCGCAGUACACCGACUACGCGUCCCUGGGCGCCAUGUCCAAGUACUCGGCCGGCCAAGUGUUUCACUACCCCGGCUUCGUCGCGGCCAAGGACGGCGACAAGUUCAGCGCCGAGCUCGCGCACACGCUGACCCGGGAGACGGGAUGGGAGUCUGUCAUGCGUGUGCGGUGCACCAAGGGCAUGCGCCUCGUCAACUUCUACGGCAACUCGUUCCUCCGCGGACCAGACCUCCUCGCGCUGCCCAACUGCCACGCGGACGCAGCAUUUGCAAUCGAAAUUGAGCACCAGGACGCCCUGCUCACCGCCAGUGUCAUCAGCAUCCAAGCGGCGUUGCUGUACACGACAUCGUGUGGCGAGCGCCGCAUUCGCGUGCUCACGGUGGCCAUCCCCGUGACCAAAUUGUUUGCCGAAGUGUUUCGAUCGGUGGAUGUGGACGCCAUUUGCAACAUGAUUGCGAAAAACGCCCUGGAAGUGGCGCUCAAGAGCGGGUUGGAAACUGCGCGCAACAAGAUGCAGACAGUAUGUGUCGACAUUGCACGCGCAUAUCGCACGAGUGGCGCGUACGGUCACAACAACCCGACCAACAACACGGGCUACCAGCUCCAGCUGCCGGAAUCGCUGCAGUUGCUGCCCUUGUACACGAUGGCGCUGAUGAAGAGCCCGGCGUUCCGCGGCGGCACCGACAUUGGGUCGGACGAGCGGUCGCAUGUCCAGUACACGCUGUACAACAUGCCCGUGUCGUUGUCCCGCAGCUUCAUCUACCCGCGACUGUUUUCGCUCCUGGACCUGGCGCCGGAAGCCGGCCUCCCGUCCGACGACCCGCGCGCCGUGACGGCCGGCGCCGACAAGAUCGUGCUCCCGCACGUGCUCAACUUGUCGGUGGAGCGCCUCAACACGGAAGGCGCCUUCUUGCUCGAAGACACGCUCAGCCUGUACCUGUGGGUGGGGCGGGCGCUGCACCCGCGGUUUGUGUCGAGCUUGUUUGGCGCCGACUCGAUCGAAGGCAUCGACUGCCGCGAGCUGUCGCUGGCUCCCCCGACCGACGACGUUGGCACCCGCGUGCACAACAUCGUGCAGGCGCUCCGGGAGGACCGCACCGCGCACAUGAAGCUCCAUGUGAUCCGGGAAGGCCACCCCGUGGAAGGCAAGUUCUUCUGGAAACUGGUCGAGGACCGCGCGAGUUUUGCCGGCGGCCAAGCGUCGUACGCAGAGUACCUUGGCCAGAUCAACCGCCUCAGCCACGGCGGCAAGUAGAUUCGACAUGGCGACUCCCCCCUCAUACAUACAUUCAUCGAGCAUUCAUUCAUUCUUCUCUCUCAUAUAACCUCGAUUUGAUCAACCAAGUACUGGUGAUGUCGACAUUUCACUUUGCACUUGUACGAUGUCGCAGUUUCUCUAUGAGAGGACCAAGACAAGAGACACUUG